UAUACCAUAACACCUGUCAUCUGUUUAUCUUUCUCCUCCAGACAGUGGCUUUGAGGUUGGGCUGCUACUGCAGGUCAAAGAGCUGGAGAUGGAGGGGGUUGCAGCAGCAGAGGCUGGGGAUCUACCCUCAGCUCUGGAACGGUUCAGCCAGGCCAUAGACACACUGCCGCAGAGAGCCUCUGGCUACAAUAACAGGGCCCAGACCAGACGCCUCCAAGAGGACACAGAAGGAGCCCUAGAGGACCUGGAGCGUGCCAUCGCUCUGAGUGGGGGUGUAGGGCGUACAGCGUGUCAGGCUCUGGUCCAGAGAGGCCUGCUGCUGAGGCUAGCCUGCCAGGAUGAUAAGGCCCGGGAGGACUUCGAGAGGGCAGCCGUCCUGGGCAGUGAGUUCGCCCGGCAACAGGUAGUGGUUCUGAAUCCGUACGCAGCCCUCUGCAACCGCAUGCUGACGGAGGUCAUCAACAAGCUACGCAACCCGGAGGUGUCAGAGACACAGUAGUCAAAGGACAAGACUUACCACCCCAACACUGGCAAACCAAAUACAUUUGUAUCACUUGUGCAUGCAUUAAAUGUUGUCUUGAGAAAUUCAUUAAUAAACGUUUACGUUUUAUUGAAGUUGAAA